UGGUGUUAUAUGUUCGAGGCCAGCCUGUUCCCGUAAAUAUUACGAAAGAUGUAAACACUGAAAUAGCUGACAGACUAUCAUGAUGAUAGUACGUCACAGCAGCAGUCCCUGAAUCACGGGUGCAAAGAUAAGAAUGGGUUAAGAGAGUUUCUGGUGAAAUAUCAGGAAGUGUUUAGAAUAGAUGGAUGCCACAGGGCCUACAGAGCAACGUCUCGAUGACUGGGAUGACAUUAGCGACUCAGAAUUCCUCAACAUCCCGUCUGAGGAAAUAAGCUGUGAUUACCAUCAGGCUCUUAUUAGUGAAACUGAUGCUGGCUGUUCAGUGGCCUUUGAAAGCCCCAGUGUGUCUUCCUCAUCAGUGCACAAAGCUGAAGAAUCUACAGAGCAUGGAAAUGUACAAACAGAUGAGGUGAGGGGUUUAAAGAGGAAGAAUCUCCAUGAAAACCGCUUCAGUCCAAUGCAUAGCUUUCUGAAGCGACAUCUAAGUGUGACCCUGCUGUGCGACCAGUCGUGGUGUGAGAUGAAGACUGUUUACAGUCUCUUGAAACCUCAUGUCAAGAGAAAGGACAUGCAGCGUGCUGAGGUGCAGAUGGGAAAACAAAUUCAUUUAUCAAGAGAACUGGAGAUACAGGACCAUGUCCCUGUAGAAAUCCAGACCAGAGAGGAUACAGAAGCUGUCAAACUUCUUAACAUGUUACACAUGAUUCCACUGUUAGAAGCAGGAGAAUGUGUGCGAGAGUUUCCUGUGUUUGGUGUACAGGAAGGUGUUUUUAUCAUGGGGGUCAUUGAUGAGUUGAAGUAUAACCAGAAGGGGGAGCUGGUCCUAAAUGAGCUUAAGACUCGCAAACAGAACUCAAUGCCUAGUUAUGCCCAAGAUAAGGUCAACUGCUUGCAGGUGGGGCUGUAUAAAUUACUCUUUGAUGGACUGGUUAGAGGGGAAAUGAAGAAAGACCACAUUCUAAAUCACCUUAAACUGCGUUCAGGUCAAGCGCUUGGAGCCGGAGUGCAGGCUUAUGUGCAAAGCAUUGGGGUUCAGACUGCCACUUUUGGGGAGCUGGUGGAUGCUCUUCUAAUAGCUGUGUCUUGUUCUGAUCUCCCAUGCAUUGACCUGCUUCAGAUUGAAUACUAUCACCAAGGCUCUAGGGGACCUAUUGGGACCAGAGUCGCUCCUUUUGAUGAAGCCCAACUACGGGCAGAGCUUCAGGGUUAUCUGGCCUACUGGACAGGCCAGAGGGAGCCCAAAGGGGUGGACAUAGAGGAUGCCUGGAAAUGUAGGUCAUGCCUGUAUGAGCAGACCUGUGAUUGGACAAAGAACAGAUCAAAGGACUCUGACCAACAAUCAGUUCAUGUUAGCUGAUAUUCAACACUGAUCAUGUUAGAGAGGUCACUAUGUAACACAAUUUUUGUUAAAUUGUUAUUUCCUAAUUGAUUAUGCCUUAAAAGUAUAGAAAAUGGCUAUUAUUCAACACAAACUUUGCUUUUGUGACCAGGACAGUGAUAUUUAGAAAUUUACCUAUUUCCAAUGAGAAAAUGGGCAAAUGUGUGUCUUUUCGUACACAAAGUAAAAAAAACAACAGCAUAUGAAUCCAAAUGAACAUGUAUUUAUACUAAAGUAAUACAAAAAUGGCUACAAAAGAUUUAGAAGUGAUUAGUUUUUCGAGAUUUAUGACUAUACUGUAAAUCACUUUCACAAAUCAGCCCCCAAAUGUAGUCUCAAAUCAAAGUACUCUCCUUGCUCUUCUGAAUACGCUCCUAUGUUCUCCUUGAAUUUAUCAAGAUGAGCAUCAAGGAUAUGGACUUUGAGGUAGGACUGCACGAUUUGGACAAAAAGUAAUACUGAGACCUUUUUUCAGUUCACCCACAAACAAAUAAAUAUAUAAACAGUGAAACAAAGUCUUCCUCAUUUCCAAAUGUUAACCGUCCACCGUGUACGUGUUUCUGUCCAUUUUGUGACAGGAUCUCAGCCCACUAAUCAUCAUCAUUAGUUUUUGAAACAGUCAACUUGAAUAUUAUGGAUGCUCCAAUCAGGAUUUUAACAUCCAACACCAAUCUCCAAUUUUCAUCUCAUCAAUCAAUGCUGAUCAUUUAACUUUUUAUCAGCAGCUCUGUCAAAACUGGUUAUAUGUAAACUUUCUGCUCAAUGUCACUGUAACUACAUUUCCCUUUUGGUAAAACCAUAGUUGUUGCCUAGUUUUUGCUGUCAAAAAUAAUGUUGAUUGCUUGAAUAAUACAAACUAUUCUUUACUGUAUAUAAGAUAGUCCUAAAAAAUGAGGCUUAAUGUCAAACUGAAGUUGAACUGUGAACCCAGUGGUUUAAUUAAAUUUAAAGUGAAAAUUUUGGUUAGUUUGUCACCAUUUCAUUUUUUGAAUUAUUUGUAUUCAUUAUUUUAUUGUAUUUAAUUUAGUAAUGCAUUAUAGUAACUAAAUAUUUGAUAUAGAUUUAUUAUAUGUAUGUUCCUUCCUUUAAAUUUUUUUGGAUGUUGGUAAUAUUAGUUCCGCUUUCACUUGUUUCUGCGGGGAGUGUAAUAAGCGCGACACAAGCAUUUUUUCUUUCUUACAGGUGUUACUGUUAAUGCUGUUUACCCAGCAAUCAUUUAAUAAAGAUGUUUGAAUUAUACCCCAUAUUGUAUU